GCCGGCGAUGUGGACACACUGCUCCAGCAAACAGCUGUUGCGCUUGCACAAAACUGCAUUUAUUUUACUUAGCUAUUUACUAUAUUUAACCAAUUUCGAGAUGGCCGCCAACAUAGCCGCCGCAGCGGCAGCUGCACAAGAAGUCGACCCCGUGCUGAAGAAGGCCAUCAAGUUGCUGCACUCCAGCAAUCCCACCUCGGCGGCCGAACUGCGUCUGCUUUUCGACGAGGCAUUGAAAUCACGUUUUGGCCCCGAAAAGAGUUUGACCAACAACAUGAGCCCGCGAAUGCUGGAGGAUGAGGCCAACUUCCCGGGCCGGGCGGCCACGCCACCCCAGCAGCCCUUGAACGCGGACGAGAUCAUCAAUUUGACUAACUCGCCGGACAAGGAGCCCUCCGAUUCGGUGGACACCAUUGCGGACUCGGAUGAUGGUCUGAGUGCCGUGGGAAUAGUUAAUACCGGAGACACCGGCGACUUUGGCGACCUCAAUUGCUGUGUGUGCGGUGAAAUGGUCAUCAGGGCCACCAACCGGCUGAUCGAGUGCUCCAAGUGCGGGGCCAUGUACCACCAGGAGUGCCACAAGCCUCCUAUUACCAAGGAGGAGGCGGCCGAGGACCAGGAGCAGAACUGGCAGUGCGACACGUGCAGCAACAAGCCGACGACCAGCAGUGGCAGGGCCACAUCCUCAGCGGCGCCAGUGACGCCCACCGUUUUCAUUGCGGACGAGCCCAUGCCGCUGACCAGCAAGGCCAAGUCCUCGGCGGCCUCGUCGCGCUCCUCCAACUCGUCCAACUCCUCGUCGCCCUUCUACAGGCCGGAGCCCAGCAGCUCCACCAAUGCCAGCAGCAGUAGCAGCAGCAAGCACGGCCACAAGUCUUCCUCUUCGUCCUCGUCCAAGUCGCACAAGGAGGAGCGAACGUCCAAGACCUCGGCGGCGCCUUCACUUAGUGCCAUCGGCAGCCUGGAGAAGCACAGCAGCAGUGGCAGCGGCACCUCCUCCUCACGGCGCAGCAGCUCGAAGUCCAGCUCCAAGAGCAGUUCCACCAAGCACCACGAAAGCGGCAGCAGCAAGCGCAGAUCAAAGCAGUAAUUGGGAGCUCCACUCCAUAUGAUUAAGUAGAAAGUGUAAGCCAAAGUGAGAGAAAGAUAACAUUAAAUAUGGAUAUUUUAUUAAA